AUGUCUCUGCGAGGCGAUGUGUGUGUGGUGACCGGGGCGGCCGGAUUCCUGGGGAAGAGGCUGGUGAGGCUGCUGCUGGAGGAGGAGCGGCCGGCCGAGAUCAGGCUGCUGGACAAACACGUCCAGCCUGAAGUCCUGGACGGCCUGGAGGACUGCCGGGGCGACUCCAGGCUGACUGUGCUCGAGGGCGACGUCCGAGACGGAGACUUCCUGAGGACGGCCUGCCGGGGGGCGACGGUCGUCUUCCACACGGCCUCCAUCAUCGACGUCAGGGACUCGGUGGAGUACGGCGAGAUGUACAGCGUCAACGUGCGAGGAACGCAGCUGCUGCUGGAGGCCUGCGUCAGCGAGAACGUCUCGUCCUUCAUCUACACCAGCACCAUCGAGGUGAUGGGGCCCAACCCGGCGGGCGACGCCGUCACCAACGGCACCGAGGACACGGCCUACAAGAGCUCGCUCAAGUUCAACUACAGCAAGACCAAGAAGGAGGCGGAGGACCGCACGCUGGCGGCGCACGGCGAGGCGCUGCCGGGCGGCGGCCGGCUGGCCACCUGCGUCCUCAGGCCCAUGUACAUCUUCGGCGAGGGCUGCCGCUUCCUGCUGGGCCACAUGGCGGACGGGGUCCGGAACCGGGACGUGCUGUUCCGCAUGUCGCGGCCCGAGGCGCUGGUCAAUCCCGUCUACGUGGGGAACGUGGCGGCCGCCCACCUCCAGGCGGCCCGGGCCCUCCAGGACCCCCGCCGGCGGGAGCGGGCGGGGGGGCAGUUCUACUUCGUGUCCGACGACACGCCGCCCGUCAGCUACUCGGACUUCAACCACGCCGUCCUGGCGCCGCUGGGCUUCGGGAUCCAGGACCGGCUGCCGCUGCCGUUCCCCGUCUUCUACGCCUUCUGCCUGCUGAUGGAGGCCGUCUGCGCGCUGCUCCGCCCCUUCGCCCGCCUGGUGCCGCCGCUCAGCCGCCAGCUGCUCAUCAUGCUCAACACGCCCUUCAGCUUCUCCUACCAGAAGGCCCGGCGGGAGCUGGGCUACGUCCCGCGCUACGGCUGGGAUGAGGCGCGGCGCCGCACCACCCAGUGGCUGGCCGAGCAGCUGCCGGCCCAGCGAGACAAGCUGAGGAGGAAGUGA